CCAUCUAAAAUCAAAUUGCUAGACACCUGGAGGGCAAUGGAAGAACUGGUACUAAAAGGUUUAGUUAAAAGUAUUGGUUUAUCUAAUUUUAAUGCUGAACAAGUUGGAAGAAUAUUGAAUGAUAAAAAUCUCAGAGUAAAACCAGUCGUCAAUCAGAUAGAAAUACAUCCAUAUUUUACCAAUACAGAAUUAGUUGAUUAUUGCCAGAAAGUUGGAGUUGUUGUUACAGCAUAUUCACCAUUAGCUAAAGGAGGGGAAGAAAUUACUGAACAAAAGCCUCCUGAUACACUUACUGAUCCUACCAUAGUCAAGAUAGCUAAAAGACAUGGCAAAACUCCUGCUCAAGUUGUAUUAAGAUGGGGUAUUGAUAGAGGUUAUACUCUAGUACCAAAAAGUGUUACACCAUCAAGGAUUAAAGAAAAUUUAGAGAUAUUUGACUUUUCGUUGACAUCAGAAGAAGUAAAAGAAAUCAAUGGUUUAAACAGAAAUUAUAAA